AGUGUGUUGUUAGACAGCGUGCUACCUAUUUUGUAAAUAAACAGCUACCAUUCCAUGCUGUUGGUGAUAAAUACACGCCAGGGGAGAGACUUUGGAUUGAUAAAGGAUUAAUGUCCAGCGAUUGACAGUAUUUUGAGAAAGUGAAACAGUGGUUAUUUAUAGAACAGACACGUGUAGUACUGAUGUGUUUUGAAAUCGAAUACCUGGAAUUUUUCGUUAAGUUUCGUGACGGAAUGUAAACUUUGUGGUUAUACCAGUAUGUAAUGUAUAUUGAUAACCCAAAUGUGUCAACUUUAAUAAACGAACAACGGAAGAGAUAUUGACAACAACCCUGAUCCAUUUCAUAAAACUGAGGAGAAAUUGACAUACCGUGAUCCAUUUCAUAAAACUGAGGAGAAAUUGACAUACCGUGAUACAUUUCAUAAAACUGAGGAGAAAUUGACAUACCGUAAUACAUAUCAUAAAACUGAGGAGAAAUUUACAUACCGUGAUACAUUUCAUAAAACUGAGGAGAAAUUGACAUACCGUGAUACAUUUCAUAAAACUGAGGAGAAAUUGACAUACCGUGAUACAUUUCAUCAAACUGAGGAGAAAUUGACAAUACCACAGAUACAUUUCAUAAAAUAUUGAUUUCACGUCAGGUGAAUGACAUCUAUGAACUCUGGUGUCGGAACAAUCACAGGAGAUCGACACAGCAUCCAUCUGUCCUCAUCUGUACGGCUGACACACAGCGAAACGGCGAGAUCGUAAUGCCGUGAAAGAGACAGGAAGUACAACCUUGGAUGUCCGUUCAUCCGCAUCUGAGGGUAUCAUCAUCACGAUGUGGGUGUGACAUCUACAGCAGAUUCCGGAAAACAGAGACCGCCAUCGGAUACUAAUCUUAAGUUGUGUUAAAACCGUAUAAGUAAAAAUGUCGGAGGAAAAGAACGGAAAAUCUCGUCAACGACGAGAGUCAUGUGACUCAGAAAUAUCCAAUGAGAGUGUUUCUGACCUGAUCCCAACGCCACCAGAUGGCGGCUGGGGAUGGGUGAUCGUGCUGGCCUCCUUUAUGUGUAAUGUGAUCGUGGACGGGAUUGGGUAUGCUUAUGGUGUUCUCUUGCCGGAGUUUGCUGAUUUUUUCAAGGCUCCAAGGAGUAAAGUUUCUCUUGUUGGCUCCCUGUUGUGUGGGGUGUACUUACUAGCAGGACCAAUCGUGAGUGGGCUUACAAACAAGUUCGGCUGCCGUAAAGUGACCAUUGUUGGUAGUGUCAUCGCAUCAUUGGGGUUCAUUAUUGGGUCAUUUAGUCCCAGUCUAAACGUUCUCAUCAUCACCUACGGCUUCCUCGGAGGUUUCGGAUUUGGUCUGAUAUAUCUGCCAUCUAUCGUCAGUGUUGGAUACUAUUUCGAGAAGAAGCGUGCUCUCGCGACUGGAAUAGCGGUCUGUGGGUCAGGGGUUGGGACAUUUAUAUUUUCUCCGGGGAACAAUGCCCUUCUCGCAGCCUAUGACUGGCGAGGCCUUUUACUGAUCCACGCGGCUCUUAUUCUACAAUGUGCUGUAUGCGGGAUGCUUAUGAGGCCGCUCGAGCCAAAGAAAAAGAAGAAAAUCCGGGUUAGUGAUAAAAACAUUGAGAAAAUCAAAGAGGAUGCAAAAUCUGGAAGGAAGCGUUGUAAUGAAUCAGAAUCCAGUGUCGCGGUCGUGGAAACGUUUGCAAAACUCAGGGAAGCUAAACUAAAGCGGGAAAAACAACUGGAAGAUGAUUCCGAUAUAGCCUCCAUGCCCAGUGCCUAUUUUGUUAAGGGUCCGCCCGAUGCCAUGAGUACAAGUUACAACUCAAGACAAAUGAAACUUUCGUUUUCCGACCGUGGAGACGCAACAAGUCAAACUAGUACACCUGCCGGUCCUCCGAAAAUCAUGAUUUCUGAAAAUGGCUCUAACGUAGCUAUGGACAAUGAAGUAGAAUCACCAACAUCGAAUAUGUCGUUAAGCAUUACCGACCGGAAGAACAGCAGUAGUACUACUGCGCAACCGGAAGAAGUUGAUCCGAAAGACAAACAUCAUUCAGCUUUGCCCAACGGAGUUUUUGCACACGAGGUUCAGCCUCUUAUUGAUAAUGGUUACACUAAAGUUGUUACUAAACCGAAACCUUCGCCGUCAGGGGGCGAGGGCGGGUCAAAAUUGUGUGUGGGAUCGUCACGUGAUGUUGCUGCCCACAAGGAGGAUUAUAAGAGACCGCUUUAUAGAAAGGACAUUUUCUACAGCGGAAGUGUGUUAAAUAUUCCGCAAUACCGUUCACAACCGGACAUGCGCAGUUACAUUGCAAGUAUUACAACGAUUCCCGGCGAUAUUGAUCAAAAGGCCACGUGCUGGGACAAAUGCACGUGUCUUCCCAAAUCGCUAGUGGACACAUUGUCCGAAAUGCUGGACAUUUCUCUCCUGACCAACGUGCCAUUUCUACUGAUUUGUGUUGGGAAUCUGUUCGCGAUGACGGGAUUUUAUGUACCGUUUACGUAUAUCGUGGAUAGAGCGGUCAUGCUUGGCAUCGACAGCACCAGGGCUGCUUUCCUUCUCUCCAUUAUCGGCAUUACCAACACCAUUGGACGAGUCGUGUCCGGGUUCCUUGCCGACCUGAAGUUUGUAGACAGUCUCGUCAUCAAUAACAUCGCUCUCGUCAUUAGCGCGCUCUCGCUAUUUCUCCAGCCAUUUUGUGUGACGUAUGAGACUCUGAUAGUCUUCGCCGCCGUGUACGGUCUGUGUGUGGCGGCCUAUAUUUCAUUAACAUCAAUCAUCAUCUGUGAUCUGCUUGGACUUGAAAAACUGACCAACGCCUUCGGACUGUUGACCAUGGCUAGAGGCAUUGCUGGAAUAUAUGGACCCCCUGUGGCGGGUUUAGUUUUUCAGGCGUAUGGAACUUACGACGCCUCUUUCUACAUGGGCGGGUUCAUGUUUACCAUAGGAUCCGUAUUCCAUCUGGCCCUGCAUUUACCUGUCCUCAAACGGAUGUCAAAGCAGCACGAAACGGAAGCCAUUAUCGCAGAGAGUACGCAUGUGUAGAGAACGAGGCCGGAAGUAGUAGUGAGAUAUGUCUAAAUAAUGUGGCCAAAUGGAGACAUAACAAGAUAAUAAGAUAUAUAUAGUUAUCUUUUAAUGGAAUCUUGACCGGAAGUCAGUAGCUGUGGAGCGGAAAACUGACCGGAACUUGUCAGGCGAGAACUCAGCAGCACAUAUCAAAGAUGUUUGAUAUUCAUACGUUAAGGGUUGAGUGUUUUGAAGUUGAUUUUUUUAAUGAGACUUUUGUAUUUUGUCAACAAAAAUAUUAGACUUCUGGCGUGGCGUGUCAGCUGACUUUUCAGGGAUGAAAAACAUCGUCACGUGAUGGAAGAUAUUGUCACGUGACUUGAUAUACUGAAACAGUUCAUUUUGUUGAGUGCAAGAUAUUUACGAUUAUGUUAAUGAGUGGUUUAACUGAUGAUUUGUGUAUGCUAAAAUGAUGUUAAAAUAUAAUUUUCUACUUUAAACACUACAUGUAUAUAUUUACAAUGUGAAAGUGUUUUCAUAUAAGACUUCUACCUAUUGUUAGACAAAGACAACCUCAAAUUAUAUAAAAAAAAAAAUGAUGGUUCAACCGACUUGGUCGACUUAUGUCAUCGCACACCACUUAAGGAGUUAAGCAUAAUGACGUCACGUGGUGGUUUUGCAUUCCAUUGCCCUUUUAUAUAUGAAAUGGAAUUAUCAAUAAUGUUAUACUCGGAGUAGAUGUUUUGAAAUAAAAACUGAUCCAUUAAGUAAUACGUCGAAACAUCUCGUCCGAUUCCGUUAAUUCGGAGAUUUGACGGGAAUUGUCGGAGUCGUGCUUGUGUGGGUAUUACCGGAAGUAUGUUUCGAUAAAAGUGUAUAGAUGGCGAUAUAGAGACUGUGAUUUUGCCUUACUGACGGCAAUAAUUUCGUUUUGUAUUUGGAAUUUAUUAUAUAUGUGUGAUAAGUUUUCCUUCCGGAGAACAUUUUCAUUUAUUUCACUUUACAACGAUCAUACCUGUUCUUAUCCGAAUAUUUCUCCAUUCACAAGACUGGGACCUCCUUGUCUCCAAUUUAUCAAGGUCCCAAUAACUAUCGUCAUAAAAGUUAUUGUGUCAGGCGAUAUAUGUUGUCGUGUCAGUGCUUGUACGUAUAGAUCUAAUAAUAUAUUAUAUAUAUAUAUAUAUAUAUGUGUUAUUGUGGACUGGUUUUCUUUCAUACUCUCCUCCAAGCCUCGCUUUGAAGAUACAAGCGCCACUUAGCGGAGAAAAAUAACUAUACUAAGGCAGAUAAUCCAUUAUUUAGUAACUGUAGUCAACAUUGCAUUCUAGAAGCUAUUUCGCUAAUACGCCCCUGAAACAAUGGCGUCUUUAUAUUGUGACGUCGUCGUGACGUCAUAAUUAACUUAUGCCUGGUAAUUAUGUUUUCGCUGUACAUAACAUGAUGAGUUAAUUUGGAAUGGUGUAGUCAUGCGUGAAAGAUUGUAUUAACAGGCACAGUUGUGAGACUAUUCAUUUUUAAAUAUAUUUUUAUUGACUUCAACGUGAAACUUAUAUUUAUAUUAAUGGUGUGUAUUUUCUUUUUUUAUCAUUCCAAUAUUAAUUAUUCAGCGAUUUUUUUUUAAAUUAUUGAUUUUAACAAGUAUAGAUAGAUUUUAAAUAUAUACACGUGUGAAUGUUUUAGAAAAAUAUAUUUAAAGAAUGUCUUUUUUAAAAAAUGUUGUAUAUUUUUGCACAUUAUGUUAAGAAACACUACUGUUACAUGUAAUACAUGUAUAAUAUGUUGCAAUGCGAGGAUGCCAAUUGUUUGCCAAAAUGAGUUAAAGACGGAUCAGGCAUUCUCGAAACCCCACAAUGUAUUUAUCGCUGUAUAAUAUUGAAAAGGAAGGCAUUUUUUCGUUUCGCUUGAGUAGUAUUUGUAGUUUUUUCCACAGUAAAAAGUUUAUUUACUAUUGAAUUAUUGUAUGCUCUUUGAUUUUACCAUAUAUGUAAUAUUAUUUCAUUCUAUUUUAAAAACAGAAAGACAAUUAUGAUUUUUUUAAAUGUAUACAUUCUUUGCGAACAAUUUAUUUCAUGUAUCACUCUGGCGGAAACCGCAAAAAAUAUUUCCAUUUUUACAAGAAAUUCUUCACGUGGUACACUUUUUGGUAAUAAUCAUAUGUACAUCAAGUUUUACGUAAAUGUCUCAAAUUAACAUUUAAGUCGUUCACAAUGCUUAGUAGGUAUUUCCUGUAUUCGCACUACUGUAAAGUGUUAAUUUGGCCCAGUAGAGUGGGAAUAUAGGAUUGGCAGUAGUAAAUUCCAUUCUGUAGGAUCCUGACAAUCGGUUGCCAUAGCAACAGUUAUAAGUUACGUCAUUCACAUAAAGAAUAAAAAUAUCUCUCCCAUUAUCAUUUUGUGUAUCUCGCAUGCUCACGUGGUAGGUACACGGCUCGCGUAGUCACGUGGUAUGUACACGUCUCGCAUGGUCACAUGCCAGCUACACGUUUAGCGAGGUCACGUGUUAGCUUCAGACCUAGACUGUCGUAGAUUUUCUACGCAAGCCGCUUGGCUUUGCUCUUCGAAGAAACAAAAUAAUUGAAAAAAUAGUACAUUAAUAUAAUUAUAGUACUUAUGAGCGCCGACUAGCGGAGAGAAAUGGUACCAAGGCAGGUAACUCGGUCUAGAUUCAGGCGCUAAAACGUUGUUCAUGUAAUCGGAACUGCUCGAGUGUGGGCGUCACAUUUGAGGAGUUCCGAGUGUAUUUCCCUGUGAAGAUCACGAACAACAUUAACUCGACUUUCUAAGGGCUCCGUAACUCACAAUCAUGUGACGUGGCAUUUUCAUUAGAAUAUAUACUUUUUUACACGUGCGUGGAAUUUUGCUUCUCUGCACGUGCGUGGAAUUUGGUUUCAUAUCAUUUCGGCUCAGGACAGGUGAUAAGAAUCCAUACCAUAGAUAGCUAGCUACAUAUGCUGUGAUUCACAGGGACUCGGCAAUAAUUUCAGUAACCAGGGACAUUUCAGUAGUCAGGGACAGUAAUUAUAUGUGGACUGUGGUUUAGAGAUUCGUGCCAAGUCCCUGUGCUGUGAUUCAUGACGUAACACGCCAGUCCCGACAUCCUUUGUGCCUUUCGUAGCUAAGAUAUUGAAUUUUUAACACCAGCAAUAUUAGUUUACUUAUUGUUUUGUGUAGGAGAAAAAUAAUCAAAUUAAUUAAUAUUAUGUGGAAUAAAUAAUUAAAGAUAUUGUUUAUUUGAC